AUGUCCGCCACAACCCCGACACUCGCCUAUUGGGAUAUCAGAGGUUUCGGACAACCCAUACGUUAUCUCCUAAAGUAUGCCGGAGUAGACUUCAAUGAUAAACGAUAUGUGUAUAGCAAUGAGAAGGAAUGGCAGUCAGAUAAGCCUAACUUAGGCCUGGAUUUCCCAAACCUUCCCUAUUAUAUCGAUGGAGACAUCAAACUGACACAAACUCUGGCGAUAUUGAGAUAUUUGGGUCGAAAGCACCGAUUGGUAGCCACCGAUGACCAGACACUCGCCCGACAAGACAUGGCUGAGCAACAGAUCCUAGACGUGAUGAAUGGCUUAUACCAUAUCAUAAUGAAUCCUGAUUAUGAGACAAAAAAGGCUGACUAUUUCACGGGUACUCUGGAACCACAGUUGGAUUUGUUGGUGAAGUUUAUGGGGGAUAAGGAAUGGCUGAGCGGACAGUUGUCUUACGUGGACUUCAUGGCCUACGAGAUACUGGACUGCGGACAGUUGUCUUACGUGGACUUCAUGGCCUACGAGAUACUGGACUGGUUUAGACUGUUCUCAUCGGACACUAUCGCCAAAUACCCGGCGAUCACCCGAUAUAUGGCUCGUUUCGAAGCACUUCCAGCCAUCAAAUCCUACCGGAGUUCCCCUCAAUACAAAUCGUGGCCAUUGUUUAGCCCAUGGGCUCAAUGGGGCGCCAAAUAA